UGGGACUGCACUGUAUCAGUGCAUCCAUACUGUUGCAGUCCAGCUUCCAGCCACCGGCGGCAGCACCGAGCACAAUGCCACUGAGCACACCUGAGCAGCUCAAAGAGAAGAGGGAGCCACUCACCUUCGAUGCGACGUCACUGAUUGACUUGAACAUCACUCACAGGAUUGGAUGUUGCGUUUUUCUUACUAGAUUGCUGACAUGUUUACUUUAUCUCUGGUGAGUUUCCUCCUUCGUUCCUCUUUAAAAGUAGGACUGUGGGCAUGAAUCAGGAGCAUUAGCUCAGCUGAUGUUGAUGCCAGCUGAAAUCCUGAAGCGAGUCCACAACAAAGCGACUCUCUCUCUCUCUCUCUGUUCUCUGUGAGUAAAAUUUGAUGCUGACUCUAUGAGCAGCAAGGAGAGAAGGCAGCCACUAGAGGCUGCACUAGCAAGGACACAGAUAUAUAGAUCAAUAAUGAGAGAGAGAGAGAGAGAGAGAGAGAGGAAAGAAAGAAAGACAGAGGAAUUAAUGGUAAAAAAAAGAUGGUGAGAUAACAUGCAGAUCAGUAUGGAAAGAAAGGGGGACAGAGUGGAGAGGCAGCAGGAGUGAGCAUUGUACCAGCUGACAACCUGAGAGAGAGGGAGAGGACAGAGAGAGCAUCUCAGCUCACUAGACAGAGAGAGAGACAGAGAGGAGGAGAGAGAGAGAGAGAGAGAGAGAGAGAGAGGAGGAGAGAGGGAGAGUGGAGCAGCACUCAACCACGUUGCCCGUCCUCAUAUUUCCCUCUGCAGCUGUGCGAGGCAGAGUGAGCGGCGGAGAGGAGAGAGAGCACAUCUGAGUCUUGUGGAAACAGCAGGACCGCGUAAGACUUGGCUGAGAGAUCGAUACACUAACGCCAAGCCACACAGGAAGGGUGAACAGCCCGUAGGACGUCCGUGUACUGCCACACAGAGAGAGACAGCAAGAGAGAGAGAGAGAGAGUAGCUAAGAGGACAGAGAGAGUCAAGAGAGCGAGAGGCAAGAAGAUCACCCAAGGCCAAUUUGAGAGGUUUCAGCUGGUCACUCAGAGCAGCUGCAACCCAGAAGACCAACGCUAAAAAGGAUCAACUCAGGUGCUCUCAGGGUGCAGUGUCAGAGAGAGAGCGAGUGGCAACAAGAGAACAAAGUGCUCACAGAAAAGGUGUGAGUGGACAGGAUUGGUGAGGUUUCUUCCCAGCAUGCAACUGGCACGACACCAUCACAGGGCCACUGUGCCCAUAACAGGCUGCCUCCUGGCUUUGGCUCUGUUUCUUGCACUACAGGGUGCCACUCAUGCUGCUCCAUCAGGAGACAACAAGCUGGUUCGUACCACCAGAGUGAGGAGACAGACACCAGGGGGGGAUCAGUCCCCCUCUGCUUUCUCAGCCAACCAGACUCUGCGGGAGCAACCAGUGGUCUUUAACCAUGUGUACAACAUCAAUGUACCCUUAGAGUCUCUGUGCUCUGUUGACCUAGAUGCAUCCGCACCACCUGACCCAGGUGAUGGUUCUCGAGCUGAGCUGGGGUCCGGCCCUUCGAUGGAGGGUCCAAUGGAUCCAACUGGACCAACAGAAUACACCGAACAGACGCUAGAUGCUGACAGCCAGGUAACGUUUACUCACCGCAUCAACAUCCCAAAAGCUGCAUGUGGCUGUCCGGCAACACCCACAAUUCAGCAGCUUGCCACCAGGGUGGAGAUGCUGGAGAGAGAAGUUUCGAUGCUCAGAGCUCAGUGUGGAUCUGGAUGCUGCGGGGAGAGCUCAGCCAUGGGUCGUUUGGACUUUGUCCCAGGCUGCAGUGGCCAUGGCAGUUUCAGCUUUGACCUAUGUGGCUGCAUCUGUGAGGAAGGUUGGACCGGCAAAAACUGCUCUGAGCCUCGGUGCCCGGACGACUGCUCUGGCCAGGGGGUGUGUGUUGAAGGGGAGUGUGUGUGUGACCGUGACUUUGGAGGCGACAACUGUUCAGAGCCGCGUUGCCCUUCAGACUGUUCGGGUCGCGGGUUGUGCAUCGAUGGCGAGUGUGUGUGCGAAGAGUCCUUCACCGGGGAAGACUGCAUGGUGGGGAGAUGUCUCAACGACUGCUCAGACCAGGGACUGUGCAUCAACGGGACGUGCCAAUGCCGGCCCGGGUAUGUGGGAGAGGACUGCUCACUGGUCUACUGUGCCAACAACUGCAGCAAGAAGGGUGUCUGCAAGGAUGGAUUCUGUUCUUGCCAGGAUGGCUUUGCUGGAGAUGACUGCAACUCUGUGGCACCGGCCAUGAACCUGAGAGUACGAGGCGUGACUGAUCAGGCUAUUGACCUGGAGUGGGAGGGCUCAGUUGUGCUGACAGACUUCUUAGUGACCUACACGCCAAGCAGCGCUGGAGGUGUCCAAUUAGAGAUAAGGAUUCCAGGCAAUACCACCACCUGCGUUAUCUCAGGCUUGGAGGCAGGCAUGGAGUACAACAUCAAUGUGUUCGCUGUCAUUAACAACAGUAUCAGCGUCCCUGCCAGCAUCACUGUUUCAACCUAUCUCUCCAAUCCGGAUGGUUUAGUCUUCAAAUCCAUCACAGAGACGUCAGUGGAAGUCCAGUGGCAACCGUUCUACUAUUCCUUCGAUGGGUGGGAGAUCAGCUUUAUCCCUAAGGACAAUGAUGGAGGCAUGACUGCUCAGCUGCCCAGCACCAUCACUUCCUUUGUGCAGACCGGUUUGAGACCAGGGGAGGAGUAUACUGUUAACCUGGUGGCGCUCCGAGACCAGGGUCGAAGCCAGCCAGUCACUGCUACUGUCACAACAUUGAUUGACGGCCCCACACAGCUAAUCGUGCGGGAUGUAUCAGACACUGUAGCGUUUGUAGAGUGGACACCACCAAAAGCAAAGAUUGAUCAGAUUGUGUUGCGUUACGGCCUGGUGGGAGGAGAGGGUCCACGGACCACCUUCCGCCUCCAGCCCACACUCAGCCAGUACUCCCUGCAGGUUCUGCGUCCUGGCUCACGUUACGAAGUGUCUGUGAGCGGUGUAAGGAAAGGAAAUGAGAGCGGAUCUAUUUCCACUGAAUUUACUACUGCUUUAUCGUUCUUCUCAGAGAUCGAUGCCCCCAAGAACUUGUGGCUCGUGUCCAAGACCUCCACGACCCUGGAGCUUGAAUGGGAUAACAGUGAGGCUGAGGUGGAGGACUACCAGGUGGUGUACAGCACUUUGGCAGGAGACCAGUACAAUAAAGUCAUUAUACCACGUAAUGAGGGAGCCACCACUAAGACCACUCUCACAGACCUGCUGCCGGGCACAGAGUACGGCAUCGGCAUUUCCGCCAUGAAAGGCAAGAACCAGAGUACACCAGCGACAAUGAACGCCAGGACAGAUCUGGAUGUGCCGAUGGAUCUAACUGUAACGGCUUCUACAGACAACACUAUAACCCUGGUAUGGGGCGUGGUCCAGGGCCCCAUUGACCAUUAUAAGGUCACCUACACGUCCUCUUCUGGGUACACUACAGAGCUGACAGUGCCUAAAGAUGUAACCACCACCACGCUGACGGACCUUGAGCCUGGGACUGAGUACACCAUCACUGUAGCAGCAAGAAGAGGAAGGCAGCAGAGCACUGCAGCUACCAUAGACGCCUUCACAGGAAUCAGGCCCGUAACCCACCUCUACUUGUCAGAGGUGACGUCAGACUCUGUGUCGGUGGCGUGGAGCGCCCCAGCACCACCUGCUGACCUCUUCAUCCUGAGCUACAGCUCUGCUGAUGGAACAGACACCUCUAAGGUGACACUGGAUGGCUCCAAGACACGGUCACUGGUCCAGGGGCUGCUGCCGUCCACUCCUUACACCAUCAGUUUAAUCACAAUACAGGGGGAUGUUACCUCUGAGCCCAUUACAGCAUCACUCACUACAGGCAUGGACCCACCAAAAGAGAUGACAGUGUCAGAUGUGACAGAAGAUGCAGUGACUAUCUCUUGGAUCAAACCAUUGGCUCCCUUUGAAUACUAUAAGCUGUCCUACCAGUCAGCCAAAGGUCGAGUGGACAGCGUGGUGAUUGACAGCGACGUGACCAACUACACCUUGUCCAGCCUUUUUCCUGCUACAGAAUAUGAGAUCAGCCUCAACGCUGUCAGGGGGAGUCAGGAGAGCAAAGUGGUCAGCACCUCCGUCUUCACAGCGAUGGAUAUGCCAGCCGAGUUGACAGCUCUAAACAUCACUCCACAAGGAGCCCUGCUGAGGUGGAAUCCUCCUCUUUCCAGUGUCGACAAUUAUGUGCUGACUCUCACACACAACCAGGUGACAGCUGAUACAUUCCUCGUAGAAGGCAACAAGCAGGAGCACCAGCUGUCCAACCUUAAGCCAAGCACCAGCUACUCCGUAGCCCUAUAUGCCACCAAAGGACCCCUCACCAGCGGGACCGUCAUCACCAACCUCCAAACGCCCAUGGACGCGCCCCUGAAUCUGACAGCCAGUGAAGUGAAUCAUCGUAGCGCUCUCAUCUCCUGGCAACCACCAAUUGCAGAAAUUGACAACUACAUGCUCACCUACAAGUCAACCGACGGCAACCGGAAAGAGCUGAUCCUAGAUGCAGAGGACACAUGGAUUCGACUAGAGGGACUAGCUGAGACCACAGAGUACACUGUUAAGCUCCAGGCUGCAAGAGGACUUGAUACCAGUGCUGUAGUCUCCACUACCUUCACUACAGGGAGUCGUCUAUUUGCAACACCUCAGAAUUGUGCCCAACACCUGCUGAAUGGCGAGACGCUGAGCGGCGUCUACACCAUUUACAUCAACAGAGAUCCCAGCCAGGGUGUGCAGGUGUACUGCGACAUGACCACUGAUGAAGGAGGCUGGAUUGUAUUCCAGCGUCGUCAGAAUGGCCUGACAGACUUUUCCAGGAAGUGGAGUGACUAUCGGGUCGGCUUUGGAAACCUGGAGGAUGAAUUCUGGCUUGGUCUAGACAACAUUCAGAGGAUUGCAGCUCAAGGCCGCUAUGAGCUGAGAAUUGACAUGAAGGACGGACAGGAGUCAGUCUAUGCCAAUUAUGACAAAUUCUCCAUUGGAGAUGCGAGAAACCUCUACAAGCUCAGGAUAGGAGAGUACAACGGCACCGCUGGUGACUCUCUGAGCUACCACCAGGGCCGGCCCUUCUCGACAAAAGACAGAGACAAUGACAUCGCUGUCACUAACUGUGCCUUGUCUUACAAAGGAGCCUGGUGGUACAAGAACUGCCACCGGGCCAACCUCAAUGGCAAAUAUGGCGAGUCCAGACACAGUCAGGGUAUUAACUGGUACCACUGGAAAGGCCACGAGUUCUCUAUUCCUUUCGUGGAGAUGAAAAUGAGGCCAUUCAACUUCCGUAGCAUCAGCAGCAAGAGGAGGCGGUCUGUCCCUGUAUAAACAAAGCCCAGAGUCGAGGAUAAAUGGAGUUCGGAUGAUGUUUAGUGAUGAGUUUCUGCUAUCUGUGUGCCUCACUGAUGGUGCUCGUCGAUGCCUUUUAGUGAGGCUGCAAAGAAAAACGGGGGUUAUGACAAAAAGCUACUAAUAUUUUAUUAAUACUCAGUUGUAAAAUAAUAAAACAUUAUUAUUAAUAUACUACCAACAAUCAGAAACUAUUAUAAACAUGGAUUAUGAAAUAGCAGAGAGGCUGAAACAACGUCCGAACUCUUUUUCUCUGUUCCAGCCCAGCUUCAGCUGUCUUUCCCUGCUGUACUUCUACCCAGACAAUAGAGGACACUGUAUGUAAUUUAUUAAAUACUUUGAAUGACAAUGGUUCUAUUUGCUGUAUAAAAAAACGGAGAGGCCAACCAAGAAGCCUCUUUUGUUUCUUUUAAGUGUGUGACCUGCCUUUCCCUGGGAUGCGAGGAAAUGUGCUCAGAAAUGCCCUCAAGAGUGCAAGAGCUAGCGUUAUUUUAACCGUUACGAAAUAAUAACACUUUUAACGGAAAAUAUACUGUAUAUGCCCUUAAACCCCUUAACUGUAAGAUAUAUAUAUUUUUAUAACUGAUAUUGUGACAAAAGUCCAUCUAUUUAAUAUGAUUUGAUGACUUUUAAUUUAAUCAUAAAACAUGACAAACGCUGAACAUAAGCUAUGAAAUUAACAUCGAAAAGCAAAACUCGAGAAUCCUCGUUCACAGAGCAGUGCACCAGCAACAGCUUCAUUGCCAUAUAUUUUAUUUCUCUCUGUCUAUGUUACUGUUAAUUACAAUAUGCUUUGUGCUAAUUAUUAAAGCAAAUUCACCAACAUUAAACUUUAUUAUUAUUGGUAGCCACACUGAGACAGUAUUUGCACUAGGAGUGGGAACACAGCAAAGCUAUUGUUUAAUCGAUUAUUUCUUUAGUUGUUCGUGGGUAUUUAAAUGGUAUUUCCUGGGCUUUAUUUACAAGCAAAUUACAAAUGCUUAAUAUCUGUUUCACCCCUGUUGUAGAUGCUGUGAUUGCUUGCAGAGAUGGUGCUGAUCAAUGUAAUAUUUACCAAAGAUCUGCAUAAUAAAGACUCGGCCUGCUGUUUGGAAAGAUGCCAGUCAAUUUUGUCACCAAAGUCACUGAAACAGCUUUUUCCUACAUUAAUAGAUUCUUACUUUUCAGAGACUUUUAUGCUAAUCGUGUCCCCUGGCGUUAUUUUAUGCAAUGUGAACACUAAAUUCUAUGCAAAAGAAAGU